AUGGCCGGCGAAGCGCCCUUCCAGUUUCUUUCCCUGGGGGCCAUCAUUCAAGCCUUCCUGGUCGGAAAGGGCAACUUGAACAUCGUGCAAGGCUUCCCCAAACAAUCGCAGUACGUCUCUCACAAUGGGCCUUUCUUCGGAGAGACGAUCGGCCGGGUCGCAAACCGCAUCGCCAACGCCGAAAUCCAGUCUUUGAAUGGCAAAUCCUACCCGUUGGCGAAGAACAACGGGGCCAAUGCUCUGCAUGGUGGUGUUGUGGGAUGGGGCAAGAGAGUCUGGCAUGGCCCCAAACUGGUCGGUGUGCGCACUAUCCCGGGUGUCGAUGGGCUGGAGGGUGGCGAGAGUGUCGAGUUUACUCUGCUGGACAAGGAUGGCGAAGAGGGAUAUCCAGGAACGUUGGAUGUCAGCGUCGUAUACACUACCGGCUUGCAAAAGAGUGAGAGUGGCAAGGAAGUGCGAGUUCUGGGGAUUGAGUAUGAAGUAAAGUUGGUCGGUGACGCAGUCGAAGAGACCGCGGUCAAUGUUACGAACCACUCGUACUUCAACCUCAGUGGCCUUCCCACAAUCGAAGGCACCGAGGUCACCCUCUGCUCUUCAGCAUAUCUUCCACUCGACGACGGAGGCAUCCCGACCAGCACGCAAACCGCUUGUCACCCAGAGGUCAAGGCCAACACCUCCUUCACUCUCGGUCCAACGCUCCCCGACAUCGACGACUGCUUCAUCGUGGAUCCAUCCACCGCAUCCUCCGUUCCACUCGACACUCGCUCGUCGCCGCUCCACAAGCUGGUGUCUGCGUACCACCCGUUGACGAAGAUCCACUUGGAAGUUCUGAGCACCGAGCCCGCAUUCCAAUUCUACACCGGCAAGUACAUUGAUGUGGCCGAGGUGGACGGCGUCAAGGCUAGAGGCGCUCGAAGCGGAUUCUGUGUCGAGCCGAGUCGGUACGUCAACGCGGUCAACGUACCCGAAUGGAGGGCUCAGUCCGUGCUGAAGAAGGGCGAGGUUUACGGAAGUCGUAUUGUUUACAAGGGUUGGAGCGAUGAGUGA